AUGGAUAUCGACGCCAUGCUCCUCGGACUCGCAGAGGGGUCCGCCGCCGCUCCCUCUCACUCUGGUGACGCGGGAGGAGGUGGAGCGGGAGGAGGCGGAGGGGGGAAGAAGAGGAAGAGGCAGCAGAUGAGGGAGAGUAGCGAGUCUGCGAACGACUCGGCGUCUGAUAUGGACAUGUCAGCGUCCGACUCUGACGCUCCCGCCGCCGCUGCAUCUGCCUCACCCCGAGGAGGAGGGAGGAGGGGAGGAGGGUCGAAGGUGAAGAGUUCUGCGCGGGUCGAGACGAGUUCGGACGAGGACGAGAGUGUUGGGAAGAAGGGCAGUGGGAAGGGAGGGGAGAACCCAUAUCCUGUCGAGGGGAUUUAUAGGGACGAGGCGGAACGGAGGCGUGUCGCUGGCCUGACGGAACUCGAGCGCGAAGACUUUAUCGCGACGCGCAAGGAAGAGAUCCUCGAAGCCGACAACCGGCGAAUGAUCGCAGAGAUGGCUUCGCGCUCGAGCGGGAAGAAGAAGGUUGUUGCCAAAGACGAGGACGAGGACGAUGAGGAUGACGACCAGGACGAGGAGGUUUAUACGGCGAGGGGUACGAGGUCGAGGAAGACGACGGGCGCGAGCAAGACCAAGAGCGAUGGGUUCGAGAAGCUCAAGAAGAGCAGGACGGAGAAGGGCAAGAAGAAAGCCAAGAAGGACGACAGCGACGACGAGUACGAGGAAGGCGGCUCAAAGUCUCGCCACAGGUCGCCCGACUCGGACGACGAGUCCGGCUCAGACAUGGAGCAGUCGGACGACGACGACCGCGGCGCGAAGAAGAAGGGCAAGGGCAAGAAGGCGCCUGCACCGGUUGCCGAACUCGCCGACUUGCUGCAGAUCCAGGUGACGCGGACGAAGCUGGCCGAGAUGUGCAGGGCGCCUUGGUUCGAAGAGUGGAUCAAGGGCGCCUUCGUCCGUUACUCGCUCGGUCAGGAUCAGCGGACGGGGCAGGUGCGGUACUCACUUUGCCAAGUCGUCGGCGUCGAACCCGCAGAGCGGUCCUACCGCUUCGAAGGCGUUCAAACCGACCUCUGGCUCAGGCUCAAGCACGGCAAGUCGGAGAGGUUGUUCGGUAUGGAGGCUGUCUCCAAUUCGCCAAUCAUCAGCCACGAGUGGGUUCGCUGGACCAAGCAGUGCGAGGCCGACAAGGUUCCGGCGACUACGCCCGUCCAGGCGAAGAAGAUCAAGGAGCAGCUUGCCAAGCGGACGAGCUACACCUUGACGGAGGAGGACCUCGCUGCCGAACUCGCCAAGAAGAACAAGCAACCCGGCGGUGCUGCCGCCCGCGUCCGUCUCAAGAUGCAGCGCGACCACGCCAUGCAGAACGGCGACAUCGAGAAGGCUGCCGAGCUUUCCGCCCAACUCGCCGAGCUCGAAGGUCCCGCGGCGGGCGACAUAGACCUCACGAAGCGUAUCAACGACCGCAACAGGGCUGCGAAUCGCGAGGAGGUCAAGCGUGCCGAGGCGAGGAGCCAGGAGGAGCGGAGGAAGAUCAGCGAGGCCUUGCAGCGCGGCGACACGAGCGUCAAGGUUGACCCGAGUGCGCGUGUCAAGACGAUGCCGAGGCUGAACUACGACAGCCGACCGCAGACUCCGACUCCUGGAACGCCCGGCAGCGGCACGCAGACGCCGCUCAACGGUGCAAGUGCAUCGUCGAACCUCGCCGGAGCGCCCCUGAACGGCACACCUCGCGUCAAGGGCAACAAGAUUGAGUCGGUCGUCGCCAGCCGCGUCCAGCUCGACCUCGACCUCGACUUCUGA